AUGGCUGAACAUACAGGACAGUUCUCUUUUCCAAAGGAGGAAGAGAAAAUCCUUGAGUUGUGGAAUGAAAUCGACGCAUUCCAAACCUCUCUGAAACUGACCGAAGGCCUACCCGAGUUCUCGUUUUUCGAUGGGCCUCCCUUCGCUACUGGUACGCCGCACUACGGACACAUCUUGACUUCCACUGUCAAGGAUGUUGUGCCAAGAUACGCUACGAUGAAUGGUUACCAUGUUGAAAGAAGGUUCGGUUGGGACACGCACGGCUUGCCCAUCGAACACAUUAUUGACAAGAAGCUUGGCAUCACUUGCAAGGAAGAUGUCUACAAGAUGGGUAUUGACAAAUACAAUGAUGAGUGUAGGGCUAUUGUGAUGAUGUACGCCAACGAGUGGCGCAAGACCAUUGGCCGUGUGGGUCGUUGGAUUGACUUCGACAACGACUACAAGACCAUGUACCCAAGUUUCAUGGAAUCUACAUGGUGGGCGUUUAAGCAGCUUUUUGACAGGGAUCAAGUUUACCGUGGUUACAGAGUUAUGCCUUACUCCACUGGUUGUACCACUCCUCUGAGUAACUUCGAAGCGCAGCAGAACUAUAAAGAAGUUAACGAUCCUGCUGUCACCUUUGCCGUUCCAAUCAUUGGUAUGGAAAAAACUUAUAUUGUUACUUGGACUACAACACCAUGGACUAUCCCAUCCAACCUGGCGAUGUGUGUCAACGAGGAGUUCGAGUACGCGAAGAUUUACGAUGAGAAGAGGGACAAGUACCUCAUCAUGCUGGAGUCUCUGCUCAAAACUGUUUACAAAAAGCCAGAGAAAGAGAGUCUCAAGGUUGUUGGAAAAAUAAUGGGUAAGGAUCUAGUCGGUCUCAAAUACGAACCACCAUAUCCUUACUUCAAGGAAGCUUUCCAGGACAAAGCAUUCAGAGUCAUCAGCGACUCUUACGUUACCAACGACUCUGGUACUGGUAUCGUUAGUAACGCCCCAGCUUUUGGUGAGGAGGAUUACAGAGCUUGUUUGGAGAACGGCAUCAUUUCUGAGGACGAUGAGUUGCCCAACCCAGUUGAUGACGCCGGUAAAUUCAUAAUGCCAGUUUCCGACUACGUGGGUAUGUACGUCAAGGAUGCUGACAAGCAGAUCAUCAAAGACCUCACCGCAAGCGGAGUAAUGCUAGCCAACACCCAGUUCCGACACAGUUACCCAUUUUGUUGGAGAUCGGACACUCCAUUGCUUUACAGGUCGGUUCCCGCUUGGUUCGUGCGUGUAAAGCCGAUCGUCCCUCAAUUCUUGGACUCUGUUCAAAAGUCACAUUGGGUCCCAAGCGCCAUUAAAGAAAAGAGAUUCUCUAAUUGGAUUGCCAACGCCCGUGACUGGAAUGUUUCUAGAAACAGAUACUGGGGUACACCCAUCCCAAUUUGGGUUUCUGACGAUUAUGAAGAAGUUGUCUGCGUGGGUUCUGUUCAAGAACUGAAGACCCUCUCGGGCGUCCAAGACAUCAAAGAUCUACAUCGUGACGCUAUCGAUGGGAUCACCAUCCCAUCUAAGAAGGGCAAGGGUGUUUUGAAGAGAAUCGAAGAAGUCUUUGACUGUUGGUUUGAGUCUGGCUCCAUGCCCUACUCCUCGCAGCAUUACCCCUUCGAGAACAAAGACAAGUUCAAACAGAGGGUUCCAGCCAACUUCAUCUCUGAGGGAUUGGACCAAACUAGAGGUUGGUUUUACACUCUAGGUGUCUUAGGUACUCAGUUGUUUGGCGAAGUUCCUUACCAAAAUGUCAUUGUGUGUGGUAUCGUGCUUGCUGCCGAUGGUAAAAAGAUGUCAAAGAGUUUAAAGAACUACCCAGAUCCUAACUUGGUUCUCAACAAAUACGGUGCUGACGCUUUGAGAUUGUACUUGAUUAACUCUCCUGUUUUGAAGGCAGAGAGCUUGAAGUUCAAGGAAGAGGGCGUGAAGGAGGUUAUUUCCAAGGUCUUGCUGCCAUGGUGGAACUCCUUCAAGUUCUUGGAAGGCCAGAUUGCGCUCCUCAAGAAAACCUCGAAUGUGGACUUCAAGUAUGAUCCAAAUCUAAAGAGCGACAACGUGAUGGACAGAUGGAUUCUGGCCUCCUUGCAAACUUUGGUUAAGAACAUCCACUCUGAGAUGGAGUCUUACAAGCUGUAUGCUGUCGUUCCUAGACUAUUGGACUUCAUUGACCAGCUAACCAACUGGUAUAUCCGUUUGAACCGUCGUCGUUUGAAGGGUGAGAAUGGUGAGCAAGACUGUUUGAAGGCUUUGAACUCUUUGUUCGAUGCUCUGUUCGCAUUUGUGCGUGCUAUGGCGCCAUUCACUCCAUUUUUGUCCGACAACAUUUACCAAAGAAUGAAGAGCUUCAUUCCUGAAGAAGUGUUGUCUGGAUUUGGCAAAGACAGCAGAUGUGUUCACUUCUUGUCGUACCCUGUGGUGGAUGAAUCGAGAUUCGACGAGAACAUUGAAAGAAGCAUGUCUAGAAUGCAAGCCGUUAUCGACCUCGGAAGAAACAUUCGUGAGAAGAAAAUGAUUUCACUGAAGACUCCACUGAAAAGUCUGGUCGUCUUCCACAGUGACCCAGAGUACCUGGAAGACGUCAAGGCUCUACAAGGAUACGUUACUGAGGAACUUAAUGUGCGCGAUCUCAUUAUUACUUCUGACGAAGCCAAGUAUGGCAUCGAGUACAAGGCGGCGGCAGACUGGCCUGUGCUUGGUAAAAAGCUGAAGAAGGACGCUAAGAAGGUGAAGAGCGCCCUUCCAACAUUGAGCUCCGCGGAUGUUCAAGAGUACAUGGAAACCGGUUCUAUUGUACUUGACGGUAUUGAGCUAGUGAAAGGAGACUUGACAGUCAUAAGAACUCUCCCUGAGAAUUUGGUUGACGAGGGUCUUGAGACCCGUACCGAUCAAAACGUCUUGAUCAUUCUGGACACCAGAAUCUACCCAGAGUUGAAAACAGAGGGUCUAGCAAGAGAGCUCAUCAACAGAAUCCAGAAACUGAGAAAGAAGUGUGGCCUCGAGGCCACAGACGACGUCCUUGUCCAAUACGAACUGGUCAAAGACACCAUUGACUUGGAGGAUGUUAUCAAGGCCCACUACGACAUGUUGACCAAGACUUGCAGGUCCCAAAUCACCAGGUUCGAAGGAUCGAAUGACGCCCAUAUCGCUGAUGAGGAGCAAUCGAUUAACGACACUAUUUUCAAGCUGAAGUUUUUCAAAAUUUAA